ACUCUUUUAACAUCACUAAAACACCCCUAAUUUACAUAAAAACUUACCUCUUCUCAAUUCUCAUCAACAACCACCCCAACAAAGACAUCCCAUUGCCCUAAACAACACUUUACUCAUCACUCAUCCUCCCAUUCUAGUUUUCUUCAAUGAAUCCUAGCAAAGUUGAGGAUGACCCAGAUCCUUUUUUCCUCCAUCACCAUUUUCAUCAUCAUCAUGACAAUCCAAUUCUUCAUGAAAAUCACCCAUCAACAAAUUCGGCCACAAACAAUAGCCCAUCUUUCUCUCUUCUCUUUCAUCCUUCUCCCCCUUCUUCAUCCUCUGAUUCUCUUCCUCAACCCGAAUCUUCUCAACCCACCCAUCUUCAACCUGAACCCGAAUCCGAAACUCUAGCAAAAAUAAACCCUGAACCACAUAUUUCCUCCCAAUUUUACACCUUUAAUAAAGAAUCUCAUGCCCUUAUGAUUUCUUGUCUUUUAGAAAGCCGGCUUGCAACUCCGGUUGAGAUCCGGACUGUAACACCGGUUGAAGUUCUUAAAUCUUGGCGUUCUGUUUGGAAAGACAGGAAUGAAGAUACAGCUUAUGUAACGGCGUGGAAACGAAUUCAAGACAAGCUUAAUGUUCAUGUGGAUGAUACUAACGGUAACCGUUAUCUUUGCUUUAAGAAUAAUUCUAAUCAGUUCGUUUCUCAUGUUAGUCAAUGGCAAGAUAUUGUUUUGUCUUCUCAUACUGAUAGUGAUUUAAAACACUUAGGACUUAGAGAAACUGUUGAUAAAAUUAAGCAACUUUGGACUGUUGGUGCCAAAUUUUAUGGUAUUCCUGAGAGUUUUAUUCGGGUUUGUAUUGGGUCUUGUUCGAUUUGUUCCGGUGGUGUUUCGGAUGGUGGAGGUGGGUUUUCGUGUGGGAGGCCCAAGAGAAGGCGUUUCGAGUAUACCGAGUCAUUGGAUGUGCCCGCUAAAGAUGUCCCAAAUAAGUUACAGCAGUUAGCUAAAAAGCAUAAGGUAGUACUUUGUAUUAGGCAGAAGUAUAUUAGGUAUAAGCCUUUCAUGGCUGAGGUGAAAGAUUAUGCUUGUCACAGGGCUGGGGAACCGGGUGGUUCGAGUAAGAAAUCCAAGGUUUUGAAGAGGGAACCGUAUGCGAGUAAGAGGUGUGGAUGUGGAUUUAGGAUUAGAGCUAUUGUGCCAAUUACAAAUUAUAAUGAGAAGGAUAAGAGUUUUGUGUAUCAGGAGGAAGGGGUGGCAGUUUUUAAGUUGUAUGCUGUGCAUACUGGGCAUGAACCGGGUCCAUUGGAUGGGAAUGCGAGGAUUAUGCAUCGAGUUGUUGGGCAUAAAGGGGUGUUUUUGAAUGAUCAGGAGAGUGAGUAUGGAGUUAAUGAGGAGUUGGAGAAUGAUUCCUUUGUGGGAGGGCAGGAUGAAGGGGAUUUUGCUCAUUCUGUCACACAACAAGUACAGGAGUUGAAAUCGGAAGUUGGAAUGCUGGAAAGCCGGAUAUUAAAGCUUUCUCCGGAGUUGUUAGAUUCAGUUUCACAAGAGUUAUAUCAUAUUGUUAAUAAGGUUAGGGAGUUAGGUUAUGAAACUUCGAAAUUGGUUAGGUUGGAAUCUGAUAAACAGAACUCUGAUGUGAUGUUGGUCGGAGAUGGUGAUUUGCCUCAUUGGAGUGAUCCUCAUGAUGAUAGGUUGUAUGUAGAUGGUAAAGAUACGGAUUUGAUUGAGGACGAUGAUGAUAGUUUUGGACGGACGUUAGGGGAUGUUGUUCCUUGGGAUCAAAUGAGGACGGAUUGUAGGACUGAGAAGGAUAUAAUUGUUGAGAGUUGUAAGCCGGACAAGUGGCUAAACAGCAGUGACUUCGAUGAGAAAACUAUUCUCGGUUGCGAUGAUUCAAAGCUAACUAAGCCCUUGAGGCAUGACAGUUUAGAUGAAGAUGAAAGUCUUGUUGGUCUGCAUGUAGAUAGUUUCUACCAGGAGAAUCCGAAAUGGUACGAUUCUCCUUGUGGCUUGCACUCCAGUGCAGAUUGCGGGGAUAGUGAAUUUCGACAUGGGGAGAUUAUGUAGAUUCUUUCUGUUGUGGUGAUUUGUCCUUCAACAUUGUAGCUUCAAAAUUUUUUCUAGCUGCUGUGUACGAUUUUGGGUGGGCUGUAAUUUAGCUACGCAGAAGGAAAAUCAGACCCUUUAACUUCCAUUUUAGGUGCUGUUGUUCAGUGUAGUGUUGUAUAUUGUAACUGUUGGGAUUUGCUGCACAUACCUUGUGUUAUUGUUGACCCUACUUAUAAUUCUUCAAAAACAUUUUAGCUUGAUUCGUAUCCAUAUGAUGGAUUUAUGUGUCCUUUGUUAACAUUUUCAAAGCAUGUCAACUUUCGAACUUCAUAUCUUGUACUUAUUAAUGUAUGGGAAAAUCAAUUGGAUUUCUUCACCUUCUACUUUUAUACUAAUUAUGAUAACAUUUCUAGUUUUUUGAA